GCCGCCGCCGGCUGCGGGGCUGGGGGCCCUGGAGCGCCGGUGUGAGCGGGCCCGGCUGCUGGGCGGCGGGCUGGGGCGCAUGGGCCUCCUCCGAGGCGGGGCUGCGUGCGCUCGGGCCAUGGCGCGCCUGGGCGCGCUGCGCUCGCACUACUGCGCGCUGCUGCUGGCCGCGGCGCUGGCGGUGUGCGCCUUCUACUACCUGGGCUCGGGCCGGGAGACUUUCUCCAGCGCCACCAAGAGGCUGAAGGAGGCCCGCGCCGGGGUCGCCGCGCCUACGCCGCCCCCGCUGGACCUGGCCCGGGGCUCCGUGGUGCCGGCCUCGGGUGCCAAGGCCAAGAGCCUGGAGAGCGGCGCGGCCGUGCCGGUGGACUACCACCUGCUGAUGAUGUUCACCAAGGCGGAGCACAACGCGGCGCUGCAGGCCAAGGCCCGGGUGGCGCUGCGCUCACUGCUGCGCCUCGCCAAGUUCGAGGCGCACGAGGUGCUUAACCUCCACUUCGUGAGCGAGGAGGCCAGCCGCGAGGUGGCCAAGGCCCUGCUGCGGGAGCUCCUGCCGCCCGCCGCCGGUUUCAAGUGCAAGGUCAUCUUCCAUGACGUUGCUGUGCUGACAGACAAGCUCUUCCCCGUCGUGGAGGCCAUGCAGAAGCACUUCAGUGCUGGCUCAGGGACCUACUACAGUGACUCCAUCUUCUUCCUCUCUGUCGCCAUGCACCAAAUCAUGCCCAAAGAGAUCCUACGGAUCAUUCAGCUGGACCUUGACCUGAAGUACAAGACCAACAUCCGAGAGCUGUUCGAGGAGUUUGACAACUUCCUGCCAGGUGCUGUUAUCGGCAUAGCCCGAGAGAUGCAGCCAGUGUACAGGCACACAUUCUGGCAGUUCCGCCAUGAGAACCCCAAGACCAGAGUUGGGGACCCUCCACCUGAGGGCCUUCCUGGCUUCAACAGUGGAGUCAUGCUGCUGAACCUGGAGGCCAUGCGCCAGUCUCCACUCUACAGCCAUCUGCUGGAGCCUGCAUGGGUACAGCAGCUUGCAGACAAGUACCGCUUCCGGGGCCACCUUGGGGACCAGGACUUCUUCACCAUGAUCGGCAUGGAACACCCCGAGCUCUUCCAUGUGCUGGACUGCACCUGGAACCGGCAGUUGUGCACCUGGUGGAGGGACCAUGGCUACAGCGAUGUCUUCCAGGCAUACUUUCACUGUGAGGGCCAUGUCAAGAUCUACCACGGGAACUGCAACACCCCUAUCCCGGAGGACUAGGCACCCGCUCGCCCACUCUGCUUCUGGGGCUCCCGGGCCUGGGGAAGGAUGCUCUUGGGAUCCAGGUGCUACAGGCCUUCCAGCUAGCCAGUCCCUGUCCAGUGGCCAUCCAAAGAAGCUUAACUGAGCCCUGCUGGAGCUCGGGCUGUUUCCCUUCAGGGCAUCCUGAAGGACAGACAGAUGUCUUCCAGUAGGUGGUCAAAGAUACAGAAGGACAGAUUCUCUUGUCUACAUGGACUCAAACCCCUUUCAAAGAGCUGGCUUUUGCUAGACCAAAUAAGUGUUUACUUUAGACUGACAGGCUUCUGUUUGUGAGGACCGAGCUGUGCUGCUGUAGCCCCAAAGAGCCCUGAGUGAGUGAGUCAGGGCUCUAACAAGCAGCCUCCAAAGGAAUGCCACAGUCCCACAUCCUUUCUCAGGAGGCUUUGCUCCUCCUUCCCAGAUGUCCAUGUUGCUUGGUGCAGACUUCAAGUGCACAUCUUUUUAGGUGAAGCCGCUUGGGCCAGCUAGGGGACACAGAAUAACCCCUAUUGUAGCAUCCACAGCUCCUAUCUCCCCGAUGUAUCCCAGAGCCCAUUCCCAUCCAUCCCCUGCUCCGAUGACCUGACUGCACUAAGGAAUCAAAUCUGCCAUCAAAGAACAGAGGUUGGCCAUGCUGAGGCAUGCACUAGAAUUGCCUGAACAAGGGAGAUUUCCUCCAGGGAGCAGCCUAACAGUUCACUAAUGCAAGUGGGUAGGCUUGCAGAAGGCUGGCCUGUGGGCUCACUGUGGUCUCUGGUGUGGAAAACAGACAGGCCCAUACUUUCCUGUGGCGCCAUGCCAGACCCUCCCCCUUCCUAGAAGAGGGCACCAUUUCUGUAUUUGUGCUUGUGAAGGCUCUGUAAGUCAGCUACCCACAUGAAGCCUCCACAGGCCAUGCCCAUGUCCAGCUCAUGUCCUCAGACAAGAAAUGUGAGGUUCUCAUGUUUUCUUUCAAUUCCCUUAACUUUUAAAUUUUCUUUCGCCCCAAGUGAGAAGAGCUAAUAACUAAUCUUUGAGAACACUUGUUUAUGUUGUUUGUCCUCUGAUCAGAGUUUCCAGGGGCCUGGGGCUCUGAAUGAAGACUGGAAUCAAUAUCAGAGGACCUAAAAGGACCAACAGGAAGGAAGGAAGGAAGGAAGGAAGGAAGGAAGGAAGGAAGGAAGGAAGGGCCCGCCUGGGGGUGGCCGUGAGGUGGCCUUGCUGUGUUUGGUUCUAAGUACAGAGCCAUUUCAUUCCAGCUAUUGGAGAUCCAGCUGCUGCUGGGGACAAAGCAACCCCUCCCUGAGCCCAGACCUCCCCGCUGCAUUCAUGCCUGGUGAGGUGGUACACACCCCUUCACUAGCCCUCAGCUGGAGCCCAGUUCAUCUGUUCUCCUGGCUACUUGAUUUCCUAUUUAUAGCUUCUGGUUAUUAGAUGCCUGCCGUGUGCUGGGCAUCGUCUUGAGGAUUUAUAUGUGCUCUAGGUAAUAUUCAUGAAAACCUCAACAAGCUCAUUCCCGUUCUAAAACUUAUGUAUGAAAAAAGAGGUAUGGGCAGAGCCCUGUGCUGUGUUGUUUACUGCAGCUUUUUAUUAUACAAAAACCAUAUAAUGGGAUAUAUUAAAAAUCAUUUUAAGGAAUAUUAAUGUACCAGAAAAUACUUACACUAGUGAGUAAAGAAUACAAAAUACAAGAUUAUAUGUGUAUCCUUUUAUUUUUUAAAUUGCAUAUGUGUGUGUAUGUAUUUGUGUACAGACAGGUGCAUACAUGAAGUUCGUAUGUGUGUGUGAAAAGAGGGAGACUCAAGUACAAGCCUAUUCUGUAUUUUGUCCAGUUCAGUUCCUGAAGACCAUGCUUUAAACACAUUAACAACACAGUUUUCUCAGUGAGGGUGGGGGAUUCAAGGCCAGGGAGUUCUUAACCCACAAUGACAGCAGAAGUUUUCAUCAGGAAUUAAUGUGUUUCUAAAACUGUGUCUUCUGUUGUUGCAAGAAAAACAGUAAGCCAGGUACUCAGAGCACAACAGCAUCCUCCACUCACUCUGUGUGUGUGUGUGUGUGUGUGUGUGUGUGAUUGUGGGGAGCACAAAGGACAACUUGUAGAAUCAGUGCCCUCCACCUUUACAUACUGUCUUACUUAGGGUUUCUGUUGCUGUAAGAGACACCAUGACCACAGCAGCUCUUAAAAGGAAAACAUUUAAUUGGGACUGACUUAUAGUUCCAGAGGUUUAUUCCAUAAUUAUCAUGGUGGGGAGCAUGGUGGUGUGUAGGCAGACACAGUGCUGCCUACAUCUUCAGAAGGCAACAAAAAAUCAGCUGAGAUGCUGGCUGGUAGCCUGAGCAUAGGAAAUCUCAAAGCCCACCCUACAGUGACACAUUUCCACCAGCAAGGCCACACCUCCUAAGUGUCACUCCCUAUGGGGGCCCAUUACAUUUAAACUACCACACAUUCAUUGUACCAGCCCCCCCCCCACUUACUUUUGAGCUCACCCUCAGGAGGUCCCCCUCCCCUGGCACCAAUGGCUUUGAUCUAAUGCCUCUGUGAAUGUAGCCACAGACAACAGGAAACCCAGCCGGACUGACAAAAGCCACUGUGGGCUCUUUGCUUGCCACAAAUGGCUGUGACAGAUGUUGGAAUCAGCUUCCGAUUGGGGUCCUGGUAGGAUUCGUGUUGUGCAUACAUAAUGAAAACGCUGUGCGCCCUUUAUUUCACAGAACCUUCCCUGUCUAGUGCAUCUGUACAUGUGAGUGAAAUGGAAGUCCAGGCGGCAUUUAUGAAUAUAACAAACUUUAUCUUCACUUAUGUUCAUUUCCUUAUUUUGUGCUUAUUAAUUUUAUAAAGUGCAUAAUAAAUGUUAUACAUUUAAACAUUGUAAUUAUGUUCACUUAUGUAAUAUUCACAGAUUGUGCUGAGCAUGGGGAGGUCAGAGGACUUGUGGGAGUGAGUUCCUGCCUUUACCCUGUAUAUUCCAAGGAUUAAACUCGGGUUGUCGGGCUUGGUGGCAAGUCCC